AUGCAGGACCGGCGCGUGGCCGCCGGCCGCGACGCCAUCUUCACCUGCCGCGUCGCCGGCUUCCCCAUCAGCCACAUCCAGUGGCACCGCAACGGUAAAUACUUACCACAGAACCAUAGGCAAUUGGUCUUUCCAAAUGGCACUCUCAUAAUUCGAGAUACAAGGAAGGAAGACGAUGGUGGAUACUUAUGUGUUGCUAGCAACCCUGAUGGUCUUACUUCUCGAAGUAAAUUGAUUGUGCAAGUUAUGGAGCCACCUUCCAUUGAUCCUUUCUCCACAAAAAAAGAUGCUCAGAAAGGCACGAGGGUACAUCUACAUUGUGUUGUAAUCAAAGGUGAUCCUCCUAUAGUGUUUCGAUGGCUGAAGGAUGGUGAAAGCAUCCCGCAUGGUUUAUCUGUUAUUGAAAGAACAAUAGAUGAGUAUUCCAGUACUCUGACAUUCAAUAGGGUUAUGGAAGACCACACAGGAAAUUACACAUGUGUUGCUGAAAAUGCUGUAGCCAACACAAGCCAUACAACUCAACUUACAGUUAAAGUUCCUCCAUCCUGGUUACACGAACCAGCAGAUGUUAGUGUUCUGAUGGGAGACUCUGUAAUUGUACCCUGUGAUGCUGAUGGUUCACCAAAACCCACAAUACUGUGGAAAAGAGAAUCAGACAGGCCACAAUCAUUAUACCAAGAUGACACCUUCCAAACAAAUAAUUUCAAAGUGCUUCAUAAUGGUAGCCUCUGGAUUCAAAAUGCUCUUCCAGAGGACAGGGGUUAUUACACAUGUGAGGCAAGAAAUGAAAUUGGAAUGGCACUGAACAAAGUUAUUUACAUUACAGUACAUGUACCUGCAAGAUUUUCCUCUUCUCUCCAGAAUGUGACAGCAAUCAAAGGUGGUACAGCAGCAAUAGACUGUGUCGCAAGAGGUGACAAACCAAUCUCAAUAAAAUGGUUUCAUAGCGGUACCCCUUUUGAAACACAUCUUCAGCCAAGAGCUGAAAUAAGUGAAGAAAGUUUAGAAUUUGGUAGUCACUCAAGAAUAACACUGAAGAAUGUUCUUCGGAGUGAUACCUCAGCAUUCACAUGUUUUGCAAAAAACCAGUAUGGCAGUGAUGAGUCAGAUAUCUGGGUUAUAGUUCAGGAAGUUCCGGAAGCACCAGCAAAUGUUCACGUGCAAAACUACACAAGCAGAGCUGUGAAUCUGACAUGGGAACAACCAUAUGAUGGAAAUAGCCCAAUCACUGUUUACACAGUCCAGUACAAGAAAAAACUAGUGGCAUGGGAGGAGAAAGUAUCUCAGAUAACUGUUCCUGGAGAUCAGUUAUUUGCUACCAUUAGUGGACUACAGCCAGCUAGCAGCUAUCAUUUUAGAAUUGUGGCAAGAAAUUCUCUUGGGCCCUCAAAUGCUAGUAAUGAUAUUAUGGUCACUACAGCUGAAGAAGCUCCUGAAGGACCACCACAAGACAUCAGUGUCAGAGCUUUUGACUCAGAGAGCUUGUCUGUAAGCUGGAAGGAACCUAUUCGUGAACUUCAGCAUGGAGAAAUAAUUGGAUAUUAUAUUGGUUACCGAAUGAGUAACUCUACUGAGCCAUUCCAGUAUAAAACAUAUGAAGUGAUACCAGAUGCUGAAAUGAAAAUAAUAAUCUCAGGCCUCCACAAGUUUACCCAGUAUGCAAUAUUUACCCAAGCAUAUAACAGCGCGGGUGCAGGACCACAGAGCGCAGAGAUAUUAGUCUUCACAGACGAAGAUGUUCCAGACUCACCUCCAAGAGAUGUUCAUUGCACCAGUGUAUCUUCACAAAGUAUCCUCUUGACCUGGCUGGAAAUUGCUGUUAAUAAUGUCAAUGGUGUCCUGCUGGGGUACAAGGUCACAUACAGGACUGUUUCUGAGUGGGAUGAGGCUUCAUCUCAGUCUGAAUCUUCCACUGAAGAAUGCAAAAUGGAGUUAGUUGGGCUUCAAAAAUAUUGUAACUAUAGCAUGGAAGUGAGAGCUUACACCAGAGUGGGGGAUGGUGUUUCAAGCAGACCUGUCUUCUGUAGAACACAGGAGGAUGUCCCUGAUAAGCCUGAAGACAUUAAAGCACUGGCUGCUAAUGCAAAAACAUUGCUGAUUUCUUGGAAAAAGCCAAAAUCUCCAAAUGGAAUAAUAAAAAGAUACAAUUUGUACAUGAGGUCCCUGGAUGGUGCACAUCUGUUGAAAGAAGAGUAUGAAAUACCUCCAAGCCAGACACACUACUUCGUGUCGCAUCUUGUUCCACAUCAUCGAUAUGAAUUCUGGGUGACUGCAGCCACAGUGGUUGGGGAGAGCCAACCCAGUCUGCAUGUGAUACAGGCACCAUCAGAGCAAGUGCCAGCAAAGAUUGCCUCAUUUGGUGACCAUGUGGUGGGUGCCAGAGGGGAAGAACUUGCUCUGCCAUGUCUCACUGUUGGGCUUCCUCAGCCUACAAUAAUAUGGAGGAAGGGGGGGAAAAAUAUCCAGGAAAAUGGUCAGAUUCGCAUCAACACAGAAUGGACUCUUCACAUGAUGUCACUACAAACAACAGACGCAGGAAAUUAUUCUUGUAGAGUAGAAAACGUACUGGGAAUUGAUGAAAUAACAUACACUGUCACAGUGAAAACCCGAAGGAGUCAUGGUGCCCCACUCGCUCCAGUUGAUUUUAAAGUGUCUUCUGCUACGGAAACCAGCAUGUUACUCCAGUGGACAACACCCAGCAAUAGUAUAUAUGUGCCCGAAGGUUAUAGCUUACAUUUCAAACGAGAAUUUGGUGAAUGGGAAAAAAUGAUCCUGCAUGCUGAAGACAACCACUUUAAUCUAGAGAACCUCCAGUGCGGCUCAAAGUAUCAGCUUUAUAUUCAGGCUUUCAAUCAAGCUGGACACAGCAACCCCACAGAUACUCUGUUUGCUUACACACAAGGAAAAGCUCCAGUUGCUCCAAACAAAGAUGAAUUUUUGGUAAUAAAUUCUACUUUUAUACAUCUAAAUGUAAGGACAUGGGACACUGGAGGGUGUCCUAUAACAACACUGGUAGUAGAAUAUAAACUGAAAUCUGACAAGAAAUGGACACUCGUCACGAAUAAUUUGAAGUACACAGAAGAGAAAUUUUCUAUUCUUGAUCUUAAUCCUGAGACAGAGUACCAGCUGCGAAUUACUGCACACAAUAGUGCAGGCUCAACUGUAUCCCUGUAUGAUUUCAUAACAUCUUUCAGUGCCGGAGAAAUUGUUCAACCAGAGCUCAUUAGACAUAGAGGUUAUAGGAGUAAGAAUUUCUAUAAAGAACUUGGCGCCAUAAUUCCCAUCACUGUUGUGGCAUUAACCGGGAUUAUUUGCGGAAUAGGAAUGUUGCUGUAUUUUAGACGAAGGAAACAGAAUAACACAGGUGCCAAGUGUGAAGGCAUGAAUGUUCAUGAUACAACUGCCACACCUGAAAACAAAGGAGAUUACUUGACUAGUGACAUCCCACUGGACCAGAAGUCUGGACACUCUUCUGUGAUGCCAGAGAUAACUGCAAAAGUCAACCCAUAUGCCACAUUUAGACUAACAGAUGAAGAGAAAAUGGAUUCCUUGAUACCUGAUUAUGAAAGCUGCAGUGAAUACAUGAAGAUAAAAAAGAAAGUGGAGAGUGAAGCUGAGGACGUUGACUGGAUACCACUGCACAGUCUUUAUCAGGCUCACAGAUACUGAGUCUCAAACAUUCACAAAUGACAUGAAAUGUUGAGAUGAAAGCUGUUUAAAGACAGGAAACUAAGUGCCUUAUUCUCAUAAAUGUUAUGCUGAAUCAUUGAUGUGCAACAAAUAUUUGCAUGUUUUGAAAUACAAAAAUCAUUGAUAUAUACUGCUGAUCAAUAUAUUCAUUGUUUACCUUAUUUCUAAGUCUCAAAAUUAACUUCUUGCAGCAACUGAAUAAGAUCCUUGUAUAUACUACUAAAAUAAAUAAUGUUCAACAAAUUUUUCCGUAACAUUACUCUCUCCUUGAUUGUCACAUAAAAAAAU